AUGACUCGACAGUGGCUCCCAUUUGCAGCAUUGCUGUUACUUGCCAUCUAUGCUCAUGCCCAAGACAAUCCUGUGGAAGAGAUGGCGGAUGUCAGUGCACUUGCCCCAUCACCGACCGACGAUCGACCGACCUUGUUUGAUCAGCCAACAGAAGACGAGCAAGACUACAAACAGCUUGAAGAGUCGUUGCUGAUAUCCUUGCUUAUGAUUAUCGUAUCUGAGAUUGGCGACAAGACGUUCCUUAUUGCAGCUAUUAUGGCUAUGAAGCAUUCUCGAUUGGUGGUAUUCAGUGCCGCAUUUUUAUCAUUGGUGGUCAUGUCUAUUCUUUCAGCACUUCUUGGCCAUGUGGUGCCUAAUUUGAUACCCAAGGCAUAUACGGAUGUUCUUGCAGCCCUGCUAUUUUUAUUCUUUGGACUACGCAUGAUGUAUGAAGCCUAUUACAUGGAUGCCGAUGGUGGACAAGAAGAGAUGACUGAGGUGGAGGAAGAACUCAAGGAGGCGGAAGAUCGGGAACGCGUUCACAAAUUGGAAGCUUUAGAGGUCGGAGGAAUGGAACCCGAAGAGACUGAACGUCGUAUGAGCAAGGCUGAAAAGGCAAAGGAAGGAUUGAUGAACCUCAUGCAACUCAUGUUCUCGCCUGUCUUUGUCCAAACCUUUGUAUUGACAUUUCUUGGUGAAUGGGGUGAUCGAUCUCAAAUCUCGACUAUUGCUCUUGCAGCUGCCAAUAAUGUAUAUUGGGUUACUGCAGGCGUCAUUGUUGGUCACAGUAUGUGCACGGGAUUAGCGGUUAUCGGUGGAAGGAUGUUGGCAGCCAAAAUUUCAGUACGAACAGUGACAUUUGCUGGUGCGAUCCUGUUUCUCGUCUUUGGUGUUUACUACAGCUAUCAUGCAUAUCAAGGACAACUGGAGUAA